AUGACACGGGAAGUAUUUUCAAGUGGCGAACUCUGGGAGAUCACCUUGAUAUGGAAGGAAAUAAAUAAAAUGAAGAAGUGCACAGGAACGAGUAAAGCUAAUCCAGAGAAGUUAUGUGAUAAAAAGAGAGAAGAGCCCUCCACCAGACGAGAAUAUGGCCGAGAGGAACUUGCCUCAAGGCAACCGUACUAUGGAGAAGAGCCCUCUGCCCGAUAUAAUAUAAUAGCCGUGAAGGGUAAUAAGUGGCAAGACAAGCCUAAGUCUAUGGUGCAAACUGAGGACUCGUCCAAUAAUGAUGGCAUCAAAGACGACGGUAGUCCACCUAUGUCCGUGAUGCAAAAUAGGGAGUCGUAUAUGCCUAGGAUGAGGCGAAAGAGAAAAAGAUUAGUGAUCUUACAAUAUAAUGUAAUAGCCGUGAAGGGUAACAAGUGGCAAGACAAGCCUAAGUCUAUGGUGCAAACUGAGGACUCAUCCAAUGAUAACAGUAUCAAAGACAAUGGUAGUCCGCCUAUGUCCGUGAUGCAAGAUGGGAAGUCGUAUGUGUCUAGGAUGGAGCGAAAGAGAAAAAGAUUAGUGAUCUUACAAUAUAGUGUAAUAGCCGUGAAGGCAAGACAAGCCUAA